AUGACUCCUGUACAGAAAUUGCUUUCAAAGGCUGUUGUAAUGCCUAUUGGGGAUAUUAUUAAACUCAGAACUAUUACAUUUUGUGCGACUGUUGGAGAAACUAAAAUGCUGGUUGCCUCUCCGUAUGGCUGGUAUUAUCGUGGUUGUCAUGCUUGCUCAUGUAUUGCGCGUGGUGACAAAGCUCCGUUUGAGUGUGAGGCUGGACAUUUCACUGAGGCAGAUAUUUUUAGGUAUAAGAUUGAGAUUGAGGUUACUCAUGCCGGGAAUAGCUGUAACUUUCUAUUUUGGGACCGAGAGUGUGAGUUACUUUUGGGAUUGUCUGCUUCUCAGUUGCGUCAUACAAUGAUUAAGGCUGGCAUUCAUGAUCCCUUGGAAUUCCCACUGGCAUUGGAUCAGAUGUUGGAUUGCAAGAUGGCUUUCAAAGUUAAGUGGCAACCACGUUGGAAGAAUGCCUCUGUCGUUAUGCUAUUGAAGAAUGACCCUUUUGUGAAAGAGCUUGCUGAUCAGUUUGACACAGAUGAAAUGAAACAGCCUGCUGUCGAAGCAAUGACCACUGUUCGAUCCGAACCUAAUUUUGUCGUCGUAAGGACGUUUACUGAUCUUGAUGUGAGUUCAACGCACAGCAUAGAUCCAGUUACUCCUACUGGAAAAAGACACUUUCCAGGCGCAUCAAGCGAGUCAACAACCUCAGAUGCCACGUGUGAUGGAGAACUUUCAUCAAACAAGUUAAAGAAAAUUAUAAAAAUAGAGAAGAUAGAUUAG